CCAUUUCCUACGUGUCUUUUCCUCACACCACUCAUCUCUGCAACUCUCAUUUCUGUCACUCAAAUAUAUAUCUUUUGAACCCCCUUCAACAAAAACAGAGUGAAGGGCACACCAACAACAUUCAAGAUUCACAUUCAAAUUAUCAUACCUUCUAUCUCUUAAUCAAGCCUUGAAGUUUCCGCCAUUAUUGUUACAGGUGAAGUUACCCAAUCAACCCUCUUGUGUAUAUACAUAUGGCAUCAUUGGUGUCAACACCCUUUAGAUUACCCACAACAAAAGCUGAUCAACUAUCUUCAAUCUCUCAAAAACACUACUUUCUCCACUCAUUUUUACCAAAGAGAACAUCACAUUCAAGAAAUCCCAGUUUGGGUGUCAAGUGUGCUGUUGUUGGCAACGGUCUCUUCACCCAAACAACACAAGAAGUUCGACGAAUUGUGCCCGAAAACAACAACGGUCUUCCAACGGUUAAGAUCGUGUACGUUGUGUUGGAAGCACAGUACCAGUCAUCGCUUUCCGCUGCGGUUCGAACCUUAAACAAGAGCAACAAGUUUGCUUCUUAUGAGGUUGUGGGGUAUCUGGUAGAAGAGCUUAGAGAUGAGAACAAUUAUAAGAGCUUCUGUAUGGACCUUGAAGAUGCAAAUAUCUUCAUUGGGUCUUUGAUAUUUGUGGAAGAAUUGGCUUUGAAAGUGAAGGCUGCAGUGGAGAAGCAAAGGGACAGAAUGGAUGCAGUCUUGGUGUUCCCUUCAAUGCCUGAGGUUAUGCGGUUGAACAAAUUGGGAUCAUUUAGCAUGUCUCAACUUGGUCAGUCUAAAAGCCCAUUCUUCCAGCUUUUUAAAAACAAGAAGAAGUCAUCAGCUGGUUUUUCUGAUCAGAUGUUGAAGCUGGUCAGGACUUUGCCAAAGGUUUUGAAGUAUUUGCCGAGCGAUAAGGCGCAGGACGCUCGCCUUUAUAUCCUCAGUUUGCAGUUUUGGCUUGGUGGGUCUCCGGAUAAUCUGGUUAAUUUUGUGAAGAUGAUUUCCGGGUCGUAUGUCCCGGCUUUGAAAGGGGCGGAUAUCCAGUAUUCAGACCCGGUUGUGUUUUUGGAUACUGGGAUAUGGCACCCGUUGGCUCCGUGUAUGUAUGAUGAUGUGAAGGAGUAUUUGAACUGGUAUGAUACAAGAAGAGACACCAAUGAGGAGCUAAAGAAUCGAAAUGCUCCUGUUGUUGGGUUAGUUUUGCAAAGGAGUCAUAUUGUGACCGGAGAUGACAGUCAUUAUGUGGCUGUGAUUAUGGAAAUGGAGGCGAAGGGGGCGAAAGUGAUUCCGAUUUUUGCGGGUGGGCUUGACUUUUCGGGUCCGAUUGAGAAGUAUCUGGUUGACCCGAUCACAAAGAAGCCAUUUGUGAACUCUGUGGUGUCGUUGACUGGGUUCGCACUGGUGGGAGGGCCAGCAAAGCAGGAUCAUCCGAGAGCGGUUGAGGCACUGAUGAAGCUUGAUGUACCCUAUAUCGUGGCCCUGCCUUUGGUGUUCCAGACAACCGAAGAGUGGCUCAACAGCACUUUGGGACUUCACCCGAUUCAGGUUGCUCUGCAGGUUGCGCUUCCGGAGCUUGAUGGAGGCAUGGAGCCUAUCGUUUUUGCAGGACGUGAUCCAAGAACAGGAAAAUCACAUGCUCUUCACAAGAGAGUAGAGCAGCUAUGUACGAGGGCAAUUAAAUGGGGAGACCUGAAGAGGAAAACAAAGACUGAGAAGAGGGUGGCGAUUACCGUGUUCAGCUUCCCACCAGACAAAGGCAAUGUCGGAACGGCUGCUUACCUGAACGUGUUUGCAUCCAUUUUCUCUGUUUUACAAGACCUCAAAAGAGACGGUUACAACGUGGAAGGACUUCCGGCCACUUCUGCAGAGUUGAUUGAAGACGUUCUUCACGACAAAGAAGCUCAAUUCAGCAGUCCGAACCUCAACAUUGCUUACAAGAUGGGAGUGAGAGAGUACCAGCAGUUAACUCCAUACGCCACAGCAUUAGAAGAGAACUGGGGAAAGCCACCAGGGAACUUGAACUCCGAUGGUGAGAACCUUUUGGUUUACGGGAAACAAUAUGGAAAUGUGUUCAUCGGUGUCCAGCCCACUUUCGGGUACGAGGGUGAUCCCAUGAGGCUGCUUUUCUCCAAAUCCGCUAGUCCACAUCACGGCUUUGCAGCUUACUACUCUUAUGUCGAGAAAAUCUUCAAAGCCGAUGCGGUUCUUCAUUUCGGGACCCACGGGUCGUUGGAGUUCAUGCCUGGGAAACAGGUCGGGAUGAGCGAUGCUUGUUUCCCUGACAGUCUCAUUGGAAACAUCCCGAAUGUUUAUUAUUAUGCCGCAAACAAUCCUUCAGAAGCCACUAUUGCCAAGAGAAGAAGCUAUGCUAAUACCAUCAGUUACUUGACACCACCUGCAGAAAAUGCUGGUCUUUACAAGGGUUUGAAGCAGCUGAGUGAGUUGAUUUCAUCUUAUCAGUCUCUCAAAGACACGGGUCGUGGUCAACAGAUCGUGAGCUCCAUCAUUAGUACAGCUAGGCAAUGCAAUCUUGACAAAGAUGUUGACCUUCCCGAUGAAGGAGCAGAGAUUUCAAGCAAGGAACGUGAUCUUGCUGUGGGAAAGGUCUACUCCAAGAUCAUGGAGAUUGAGUCCAGACUGCUGCCAUGUGGACUUCAUGUUAUCGGUGAGCCGCCAUCCGCCAUGGAGGCUGUUGCCACCUUGGUCAAUAUCGCCGCCUUGGACCGCCCAGAAGAAGGCAUCUCGUCUCUUCCAUCAAUACUGGCUGAGACACUUGGUAGACAGAUUGAAGAUGUCUACAGAGGCAGCGAUAAGGGGAUCUUGAAGGAUGUGGAGUUAUUGAAGCAGAUCACAGAUGCAUCUCGUGGGGCGGUUUCAGCUUUCGUGCAGAGAAGCACCAACAGCAAGGGUCAAGUGGUUGAUGUGUCGGGCAAAUUGACUUCGAUCCUUGGGUUUGGGCUUAAUGAGCCAUGGAUUCAGUAUUUAUCUGACACCAAGUUCUACAGAGCUGACAGGGAGAAGCUUAGGGUUUUGUUCCAGUUCUUGAGUGAAUGCUUGAAGCUCGUUGUAAUGGACAACGAGUUGGGCAGCUUGAAACAAGCUUUAGAAGGCAAGUAUGUUGAGCCCGGUCCAGGAGGUGACCCAAUCAGGAACCCUAAAGUUUUACCAACCGGAAAGAACAUACACGCUUUGGACCCACAAGCAAUUCCAACCACAGCAGCGAUGCAGAGUGCUAUGGUGGUAGUGGAUCGGCUGCUCGAGAGACAGAAGGCUGAUAAUGGAGGAAAGUUCCCAGAGACGGUUGCGUUGGUCUUGUGGGGAACAGACAAUAUCAAGACUUACGGUGAGUCCCUAGGUCAGGUUCUUUGGAUGAUUGGUUGUAGGCCGGUUGCAGACUCGUUGGGACGAGUCAACCGGGUGGAGCCUGUCAGUCUUGAAGAGCUCGGAAGGCCUAGAAUCGAUGUUGUUGUCAACUGCUCCGGAGUCUUCAGGGAUCUCUUCAUCAAUCAGAUGAACCUCCUGGACCGGGCAGUGAAGAUGGUUGCCGAGCUGGACGAACCAUUGGAGCAAAACUACGUGAGAAAACACGCACUUGAGCAGGCUGAGACUCUUGGUGUCGAUGUUAGAGAAGCUGCGACCCGUAUCUUCUCCAAUGCAUCUGGCUCCUACUCAUCAAACGUAAACCUUGCAGUCGAAAACUCAACAUGGAACGAUGAGAAACAGCUUCAAGACAUGUAUUUGAGCAGAAAGUCAUUCGCAUUCGACAGCGACACUCCUGGUGCCGGAAUGAGCGAGAAACGAAAAGUUUUCGAGAUGGCGUUAAGUACAGCCGAAGCCACUUUCCAAAACCUCGACUCAUCAGAGAUUUCAUUAACCGAUGUGAGCCAUUACUUUGAUUCCGACCCGACUAACCUUGUCGGGAGCCUACGGAAAGACGGGAAGAAACCAAGCGCCUACAUUGCAGACACAACCACAGCUAACGCACAAGUGCGCACCCUCUCGGAGACGGUCCGUCUAGACGCACGCACAAAGUUACUGAACCCAAAAUGGUACGAAGGGAUGCUGUCAAGCGGUUACGAGGGCGUUCGUGAGAUUGAGAAGCGGCUCACCAACACAGUCGGGUGGAGUGCAACUUCAGGGCAAGUCGACAACUGGGUGUACGAAGAGGCUAACACAACCUUCAUUAAAGACGAGGAGAUGUUAAACCGGCUAAUGAACACCAACCCGAACUCCUUCAGGAAGUUGCUGCAGACAUUCUUGGAGGCCAACGGACGAGGGUACUGGGACACAUCUGAUGAUAACAUCGAGAAGUUAAGGCAGCUGUACUCGGAGGUUGAAGACAAGAUCGAGGGCAUCGAUCGGUAAAUUAAUAAUCAUGUGAUGUAAUAACUUACCUUAUUAUUUGUUUCCAAAUUCCCAUAUUGUAUUCUAUUUUUGUUCAUACAUGGGGAUUCUCAUUGUAUUAUGUAAGCUUGCAAGACUCUGAUUUACCUGAAGUUUAAUUUAAAGUCAAUAAACUUCUGGAGUAUAAA